GACCGCAUAGGCCUAUACUAUGAGUAUGAAUGGCAUGCGCCGCACCAACAGCACUAGCUGAAUCUGAACCAGCUAACGAAAACGUACCUUUACUUACCGAAUAUCCUGCUUAUGACCGCCCUGCACUUGGUAAGAUGACCACUAAGGAACCACUGGAGUUAAGUGGAUCAAACGGACACAGGAACGAUAGUGAAAUGGAAUCACCUAAACCGGGAAAGGUUACUGGAACAUUGGCCUUGGCCUGUGCAGCGGCAGUAUGUGGCUCCUCACUUCAGUUUGGGUACAACACAGGUGUCAUCAACGCACCACAGAAAGUCAUAGAAGCGUUCAUCAAUGAGACAAAUUUCAAGCGGACUGGCGAGUCUAUGGGGCAAGAACAGGUCACUUUCAUCUGGUCAACGGCGGUGGCCAUCUUUGCGGUAGGAGGCAUGGUGGGAUCGCUAUCAGCAGGAUUCUUUGCUAACUAUCUUGGGAGGAAGAAAAGCAUGUUGGCAAACAACCUGAUUGCCUUUGUGGGAGCAGCUCUUAUGGGGUUCUCCAAGAUGGCCAACUCGUACGAGAUGCUCAUCAUCGGUAGAUUGAUCAUUGGUAUCAACUGUGGGCUAAACACUGGUUUUGUACCCCUGUAUCUGUCUGAGAUUGCUCCUUUCAAUCUGAGAGGAGGGAUAGGGGUUCUCAAUCAAGUGGGCGUGGCAAGCGGUAUCCUCCUCUCACAAAUAUUUGGUCUGCCAGUGGUCCUUGGUACGGAGAAAUGGUGGCCUCUGUUGCUAGGUCUGACAGCCAUUCCUGCCGUCUAUCAGCUCAUCGUUCUUCCAUUCUGUCCCGAAAGCCCCCGCUAUCUCCUCAUCACCAAAAACGAAGAGGAAGCCAGCAGAAAGAGCCUGGAAUGGUUUCGUAAGGAUACUGACGUAGCAGCAGACAUGGCCGAAAUGAAACGAGAGUACGAGGAGGAGACGAAGGAGAGGAGAAUCACAAUCUUAGAACUUUUAAAGAAGAACUCAUUGCGACGGCCUCUUGUCAUCAGCAUCGUCAUGCAGCUUUCUCAGCAGUUGUCAGGAAUCAAUGCCGUCCUGUACUACUCCACUUCCAUCUUCAUUUCUGCGGGAGUUGAGCCUGACAUAGCACCAUAUGUAACGCUCAGUACAGGAGGAGCGAUAGCAUUGAUGGCUUUAGUUACUGUGCCUUUGAUGGACCAUGCGGGAAGGAAGACCCUUCACAUGCUUGGUCUUGGUCUUAUGUUCAUCUUUGCUGUCAUCCUAACCAUCUUCCUCAACCUCCAAACGGUGUGGGCAGGAUCCUCCUACAUCAGUAUCCUCUCUGUCAUGCUCUUUGUUGUUGCCUUUGGCCUUGGUCCUGCAUCGAUCCCCUGGCUAUUUGUGGCUGAGCUCUUCUCUCAAGGACCCCGUCCAGCAGCGGUCAGUGUAGCCUUCAUGGUCAACUGGAUGGCCAACUUCGUUGUAGGACUCCUCUUCCCACUCAUGCAGGAUGGCCUUGGAUACUACGUCUUUCUCAUCUUCGCUGCCUUCCUGGUAGUCUUCUUCCUCUUCACCUGGAAGUUUGUUCCCGAGACAAAAAACAAGAGCUUCGAGGAAAUCAGCGCCCUCUUCAAAUCGAAGAGCCAACGUGACCACGAGGCUAACGGAACGAAGAACGUCUAUGAGCAGGGCGGUCUCCUUGCAAAGAACUGUUGACUUCGGCCAUCUUUUCAUGCGUAUUUAUAUGCAUGUAGCUCAUCAUGUGAUGUUCACUUUGUCUCUGAAUACUAUCAAUCCAUCCAGCCUCAAGAAAACUUUACUCAGAUAUAUAUACUCCUCAUCACCUUGUAUUUGUUGUCUCAUGUAUCAGCAUUAUAGGGUGCGUUUAUAGUACAUUUUUUUGCCUAGAAUCAGCGUUUUCAAACGUCUUUAUGGCAAAUUUUUAAGGUGAAAAACGCAAAGCCUUUUUCAAACGUCUUUAGAUAUGGGUAUAUUGAAACGCCCCCCCCCCCC